GCGCCGCUCUUGCCCCUUUCAGAUUGAUGCUCGUUGGUUUUGGGCGGACAACCUCCGGCUCCACCCACGUCGUGGCGUCAUGGCGCGGUGUCGGGUGAGUCGCGCCUGUGUCUCAGGGAGUCGGUGAUAAAACCAAGUGCAUUUUCUUGCCAAAGUUGUGGAUAAAAGCUAAAAGAUAUGUUGCUGCAAAGGAAGAAGCUGCUAACAAAGGUUUUCUGGUAUCAGCUGUUGAAUCUCAAGAAUACAAGACCAGAAUUGAAUGCACGUUGUUUCACAAGUACCAACCAUCCAAAACGUCGAAGGCGAGUUGUCGUUACUGGAAUUGGCUUAGUGUCUCCACUUGGAGUCGGUACUCAGCUCACAUGGAGCCGAAUCUUGAAAGGAGAGAGUGGUGUUAUUUCUUUAGAUGAGUCACAAUAUAGAGACUUGCCUUGCACAAUAGCUGCUUGUGUGCCUCGUGGUGACGGGGAGGGGGAGUUCAAUGAAGAAAUGUUUGUUUCAAAAUCUGAAGCAAAGUCUAUGUCAACUGCUACAAUAAUGGCAAUAGGAGCAGCAAAUCUUGCACUUAAAGAUUCUGACUGGUAUCCUCAGUCUGAAAGGGACCAGCUCAACACUGGAGUUGCUAUUGGUAUGGGUAUGGUCCCACUCGAUGAAAUUAGCAAUACUGCUGUGACAUUAACAACCAAAGGUUAUAAAAAAGUGAGUCCAUUUUUUGUCCCCAGGAUUCUUCCCAACAUGGCAGCUGGACAAAUCAGUAUUAAGUUUAAACUUAAAGGUCCAAAUCAUGCAGUAUCGACUGCAUGUACCACAGGAACACAUGCUAUUGGGGAUGCUUCAAGAUUAAUUCUCUAUGGGGAUGCAGAAGUGAUGCUAGCUGGUGGAACUGAGGCUUGUGUUAACCCCUUAUCUAUCACAGGCUUUGCAAGGGCACAUGCUCUCUGCACCAGUUGUAAUGCUACCCCCAAACUGGCUUCUCGUCCAUUCCACCCUGACAGAGAGGGGUUUGUAAUGGGAGAGGGGGCAUCAGUGCUGCUACUGGAGGAGUAUACACAUGCUGUAAUGAGGGGAGCACGAAUCUAUGCGGAAAUACUUGGUUAUGGACUCUCUGGGGAUGCCAUUCAUAUCACCUCUCCCAGCGAUGGAGGAGAAGGAGCAAUCAGAUGUAUGUCAGCUGCAAUGAAUGAUGCCGGAAUAACGCCAGAGGAUGUUACAUACAUCAAUGCCCAUGCCACAUCCACACCACUAGGGGAUGCAGCUGAGAACCAAGCCAUUAAGAGACUGUUUAAAGAGCAUUCACGUUCCCUUGCUGUUUCUUCCACUAAAGGAGCCACUGGUCAUCUCCUGGGGGCGGCUGGAGCCAUUGAAACUGCAUUUACAGCACUGGCCUGCUUUCAUGGGAUCUUUCCUCCUACACUGAAUCUUGAUAAGACAGAGCCUGAUUUUGAUUUGAAUUAUGUUCCUAUAACAGCACAAGAAUGGAUAACUUCAAGAAGGCGUAUUGCACUGACUAAUUCAUUUGGAUUUGGAGGCACUAAUGCAACGCUCUGCUUGGGGAGUGUCUAAUUAUUUUUAUAUUAAUAAAUAAUUGAAAGCUAUUCAUUUCAGAAAGUUCGGAAAAUCUGAAAAAGCCGUGAGAAGUUGGAAUAUCUAUCAUUGGAACUCCAUCAACAUAACAAGGACAUGUUAACAGCAAUGCUAUUCUGGAAAACUUCAUUCAUUUUCUCAUUGAUAACUGCAGACAUCUUCAUCAGUGAGCCAAAAGAGCUAACAAUGAGUUCCAUGCUUUGUGUUUAUUAUUAUGGCACUCUUGUUAAAAGCAGUGUGUGAAAAUUGUAAUUUAAAAAUGUUUUGCUCCUAAAAUUUGAAAAAAUACAGAACAAAUAUUUCAACUUGAAUGUUAAUGAAAAGUGCAAUAGAAUUAAACUUUCCUUGAUACAGCAUGUUCCAA